UACAGGGGUUGGAUUAGCCAACUCUAUCUCAUGGGAAGUUGCUAAAGGCUUGCUGAAAUGUUGCUAAAAGUAGCUAAAUCAUAUGAUGACAUCAUUUAUUAUGUAAGGUCUGCAACCCUACAGGACCCGAGAACACGAUGGCUUUGGGGCCGGGCUCAGGCAGUUUUUCAAGUAGGAGUUCAGAUAAACAUGGCUUCAGUGAUGGUUGUGGUCCUUGCUGUAGUUUGUCCCUUCAUCCCUACUGUGAAGCCCAGUGAAGCUUUGUGGAAAUUGGAAUGUCAGUCUACAGUUGGAAUUGUUGGUCAGACCACAGUUAUCAAAUGCCAUAUCAAAUACAGUGGUGAUAUCGAUGUUGUUGGAGUUGCCUUGACAAAUGUGAAGCAGGAUAAGCCAGUUUUUCAACAUCUAAUUAAAAAAACACCAUCAGGAGACCCACGCUUUAGUCUAGUAAACCAAGAAAAGGAUCUAUCACUGCAACUCUCUGACACAAUGUUUUCUGAUGAGGGUGAAUAUGAGUACUAUGUUGCAACAAACAUUGGUGAAAAAACAGCAAAACUUAGCAUCAGUGUCACAGCCAAGUACAAAGAUCCCAUCACUAGUUCAUUGCCUGAAAAUAUCACAGAUGGAGGACCUGUUGACCUUUACUGCAAUGCUACUGACGGCUACCCAGCAGGAACCAUUCAUUGGUUUGACCAAUCUGGAACAAAUUGGACCAUUAAUUCAAUUCUGACAAAAGCCAUCAAGGACAAAAAUGGCUCAAAAUCUGUGGCUUUAUCCAGCAAACUGACAUUCAAGUCUAUUGACUCCAGUCUGGCGCCAUUUAGAUGUGUUGUCCUCAACAGCAAAUAUUUCCAGGAAGGAGAGAGGACAUUUCAGAUCAUGCUCAAACAGGAAUUUGAAAAGGUGCCUUUGGGAUCUAAAACAACAAACAUUGUUGCUGGCAUGAUGGUUAUUGGUUCACUUAUUGCUGGUCUCCUUCUUGCUUUGUUGAUCUGCAGAAGAAGAGGUCAUCAGCUAGGUUAUCACUCAGGACAUGCUGCUGAAACUGAUAAGGAACAUGGCACUGUUUAGAAUCAGUCUUGAAGCUUCCACUAAUGGAGGAUGAAAAGGACACUAAGCCCUGAUUCAUACUUUGCAUACUUAGGCCCAAUGACUGCCAUUAUUUCACUAAAACUAAAGUGAAGCUACAAAGACACUAUAACAGAUACUGUCAACUUCAUUUUGUGAUUGUUUUGCCAAUAAUGACUGUAAUAAUAAUAAUAAUAAUAAUAAUUUGUAUGUGAGGUUUGUUUAAAGUGUAGUCUUGUGAAAUUGUAUUGUUUUGCCUCUGCUGGGGGCUGCAGAUUGACCCAAAAGGCUUCAGGUUUCGUGUAGUCUUUAAAAUUCUCAUGAUUACCUACAAGGCUUUGCAUGGUUUAACUUUUAACCCCUUACACUCCAAAGCGUGAUCUCCGCUCCUCCGAAUCAAUUUUUUUAACUGUUCCUUCUUCUCGUCUACAUUUUAUGGGUGACAGGGCGUUCUCUUCUUUUGCUCCAAAACUGUGGAAUUCUCUUCCCUCUGAGGUUAGACAGGCUGAAUCUUUUUAAAUCUUCUUUUAAAACUCACUUUUUUAGGGUUGCUUUUCUGUGAUUAUGUGAUUUAUUAUUGUAUUAUUUUAAAAUGUUUUUAAUUGCAUGUUUUCUUGUAUUAAUGUAUUUCCAUUUUUCUCUUGUAAAGCGCUUUGAGAUGCAACUUUUAAAGGCGCUAUAUAAAAUAAAGUUUUAUUAUUAUUAUUACUGAAGUAUUGAUAUUACACACACUGCAUAACAAAUACAUAAUUAUUUUAUCCCAGCAUGGUUGCUGUUAACUGGGGUGGCACUGUGGCUCAGUGGUUAGCACUUUCACCUUCUGGCUCAACUGGCUCUUUCUGUGUGUACUUUGUAUGUACUCCCUUAGUGUGUUAGUGUGGGUUUCCUCUGGGUGCUCUGCUUUCCCCCACAAGUCCAAAAACAUGCAAGUGAAUUGGAGACUCUAAAUUGCCCCGUAGGCGUGAGUGAGAGUCCGGCAGCUACUGGGGGUUGUGUCAGGAAGCGCAUCCAGUGUAAAACGUGCCAAGUCAAAUAUGCGGAUCAUCUGCUGUGGCGACCCCCUUAUAGGAGCAGUCAAAAGAAGAAGAUAGUUGAUGUUAACUACAGAUAAACAAUUGUGCACUAUAAAAAAAUUGUUUCCUCUAAAAAUUAAAAUUCUGUCAUCAUUUACUCAUGCCAUUCCAAAGUUGUUUGACUUUAAAGGAGAUGCUUAGAAUAAUGUCCAUGCUGUCCAAUCAUUUAUACUGUUUGGUUAUGUAAAAUGUCCUGGAAAAAUAAUGUCUCGAAAAGAGUGGCAGCACUCUUUUGGGAAACAUGGCACUUUUGUUUUAGUACUUUUAUUAGAUGCUUAACCACCCUUUGACAACAAUUUAAACUGUCAGAUAUAUAUAUAUGUGUGUGUGUGUGUGUGUGUGUGUGUGUGUGUGUGUGUGUGUGUGUUGCAGUAAUUUAGUAAUUAGGAAAAAGUUUAAACAAUUUGGAUUGUAAUUGUAUGCAGCAAUUCUGUAUCCUUAAAGUUUAACAUUGUGUAUAGUGUAUGUAUCAAUCUUAAAGAUUUUGCAACGUUGUGGUUUAACUGUUAUGGUUCAAUUUUAAUAUCAGGUUUUUAGUCCUGCUUAGACUUACAAAUUAUUAAGUGAGUUACAGAUUAAUAUACUGAAAAAAAGGGGGAAACACAUGUUGUUCAAUUGACACAGCAAAAUUGUGUUUUCUCUUCUAAACUUGGUUUCUUUGCUUUUGAUUAAUAACAUUUUCUAAAAUGUGCACUCUACUAGAUUACAUUAUGUUGGUAAAUUCUGAACCAAAUAGGUAUGUUCAAUUUUUUUUUUUUGCUGUUUGUUAAAUUGACUUUAUUAAAAUGAGCUA